AUGAGUAACCAAGGUCAAUAUCAGCCUAACAAUAUACAAUUAACUCAAGGCUGGAAUCAGCACAACAUGUAUAGAUCGCAGCCGCAGUCUCCAUAUCAGCCUAUCCCACAACAGCAACAACAGCAAACGAAUGCGUGGGCUACUCAACAGCGAUAUCAACAGCGUAAUGGGGUUGUAUAUAAUCCAGGAUCCAUAGCCUCGCCCACUACGGCUUUACCUAUGCAAAGUGUCAAUAAUUCUCCACAAACGACGCAAGGCCAAUGGCCGACAUCCCCAAGUGCCACGCAAGCAGGUUAUUCAGCUCCUGUAGUGCAACCAUCUUCUGCAUCUCCCAACCAGACCUCAACUAUAUCAUCCACCACCUCGUCUCCAAUUAUACCAACACAAGCACAACAAGUCCACGAUAUUUAUAUGCGAAACAAUAAGCGACUUGCUGCUUUGGCUCAAGAAAUGCAAUCAGAAGCGACAUAUGGUCCAGCAUGUGAUGAAUUUCGUGAAUGGCUUUCAGAUAGACGUGCUUAUCAUCCAUCCAAUGAAGCAGCUCUGAUGAGGUGUGCGGGGGUGGCUCACCAGAACAAGGCAAUGGGUUUGUGGUCUGCAUUGUGCAUCAUGGAACGCAUACACAAAUUCCGGCAGUAUCUAUCUGAAAGUUCCCAAGCUGCUGCUUCAAGAAUGUAUAAUGAUAUCCAUUUAGCUGCCACAGGUCGACCUCUUCCUAUGACUCCAGUAUCACCAAGCCCAUCAACAAAUGCUGCAUCAUCCCCCACGCAAAGCUCUCCACAAUCUCAAGCUCAUACUCAUUCUCACAUCCAACAACCACAGCAACCACAACCACAAUCUGUCGCAUCUUCUUCUGCGAUAAUUUCGCCUGAGUAUCAACAGCACAUUCAACAACAAUUAAUCAAACAAUCAUUGCUUCAAGCAGCUCUACUUCAACAACAACAACAACAACAACAGCAACAGCAACAGAUACCUACAAGGCAACAGCCACCACCACAGCAGCAACCGAUCAGCCAUGCUCCUAUUCAACCUCCACAACCUCCACCACCCAAUGCUACAAUGCUCCAACAGCAAUUAAAUCGGCAACCUUUACCUGCACAGUUAUAUCCAUCACCUUACCAAAAUGUCCCCCAACAGCAACAGCAACAACAGCAACAGCAACAACAACAACAACAACAAAAUACGCAACCUCCCCAGCAAAUCAUGAUGCCUGAAAUCUCGACAGCUCAACUUUUACAAGAAUGGGGAAUCAUCAAUCCAUACAAAUACAUUCGUCGCAUCAAUGACGCCGUAUCGCCUUUCAGGUUACAGCAUCAAAAAGUUUACACUGUUACGCCUUUCUUUGUGGGCGCCGAUGCGUUCAAAAGGUUAUGGAAAGGGACGGCACCACCAGAUCAUGUUAAGCAUCCAUUGUCGUUUGUGUUGACUUCUUGGCGAGAUGGGACUCCUCAAAGCAAGUGUGAAUGGCCUGACAAGAUUGGUGUUACCAUUAAUGGUAGGGCACCUGCUAUUACAAGGCGUCAAAAAGUGCGUACCCAAGAUGCGGUUCAUUAUCGAGGAAAAGAUCGACCUGUGGAGCUGGGGAAUUAUUUGGUGGAAGGGAGAAAUCUCUUGCAAAUCCAUCAACCAGAAUGUGCAUGCUCGCAUUGGUUUGCAAUCAUUAUUUUUGCACGUGAAACAGAAGCCAUGUUAAAGCAAACCAUCAUGAAAAAACGAUUGGAUGUGGAUGUGGGACGCAAUAUCAUCAACACGCUACUGGGAAAGAAUAGAGCGGCAAGCGAUGACGAUGACAUUCAAGUGAUGCAACGUGUGGUACGCAUAAAACUUUCAUGUCCAGUAUCUAUGAAGCGGAUUGAGGUACCUGUCAAGGGCGAGAAGUGCAAGCAUCCUGAUUGUUUUGAUAUGAUGUCAUACCUUUCCAUCACGUCAGAGAAUCCUCAAUGGAAAUGCCCUAUUUGCAACGAGUAUAUACCACCGACAACGAUCACGCGAGAUGGAUUCAUGGAGAAGCUCUUGAAUGAUUUGGGUGACAACGUGGAAUUGGUAGAGUUUGAGGAGGAUUGUGACCAUUACAAGGUGAUCAAGAAUGGAGAAGGAGACGAUGAGAAAGAUGCCGUUGAUGACUCGAAUGCUGCCAUUGUUUGUGAAAACGCCACCAGCCGUCCACCCGUGUCAGCAAAAACAGAGCCUGAUGCAGAGCCGCCCAAUGUUAUUAGCCUGAUUAGUGAUGACGAAGAUGAAGAGGAACAACGACAACAACAGCAACCACCUCAAGAAAAUGGCAGCAACAAAAGGACGACUACUACAGAAGACAUGCCACAAACUACCAGUGAUCCAAAGCGACCUCGACAAGACAACUCUGCAUCAACUAGCAAUGACACCAACUUUGUUCCUGAUGACGUUUUGGGAGAAAUAUUGGCUGCCACAAGCCAAACAACAACACCAGACAUGCCACAAACUACGAAUGAUCAAAACCGAUCUCGACAAGACGACAAUUCUACAUCAACCAUCAGGGACAGCAACUUUGUUUCCGACAAUGUUCUCGAAGAAAUAUUGGCUGCCACCUACGGAUCAUUUUGA